AUGGCCGACUCUCUGGAGAAGAUGCCAGCUCAGCACUUCGAAGGCGCUGACGAUAUGUCGGAGUCGAAGGCAGCAAGGCUUGCAGCCGUUGCUGAACACGAGACGACACUAUGGCAGGCCCUCAAGAGCAACAAGAAGGCCGCCAUGUGGUCGAUUUUGCUGUCAACGACGAUCGUGAUGGAAGGGUAUGAUGUUGGGCUCAUCUAUCAGUUCUUCGGCUACCCUAGCUUCGCCCGUACCUUUGGCAACUUUGACCCAGCGACCGCGACCUACCAGAUUUCGGGACCAUGGCAAGCAGGUUUUGCCAACGGAGCGAACUGUGGUAUCAUCAUCGGAGGCUUCGCUAAUGGCUUUCUGUCACAACGCUAUGGCUACAAACGUGCUAUGUCAACCUAUGUUGGGCCAUCGGUCAGCUCAUCGCGGCUGGCGUCCUGUACGGAUGCCUCGAUCUCAACGGUGCCUGGAGCUGGAGAAUUUGCUACGCGGUACAAUGGGCUUGGCCUCUUCCACUAUUCUGCCUCAUCUUCUUCGCGCCGGAGAGUCAGUAUCAAUACGUUAGAUCCCUCAUGGCUGCACUCGCUGACGAUGAUAGGUCCUUGGUGGCUCGUUCGCAACGAUCGUAUCGAGGAUGCCCAGAAAGCACUUGCUAAGCUUGACAACAAAGGCUCGGAUUCUCACCGACAAACACUUGCCCAGAUCUCACGGACACUGAAAUUCGAAGCAGAAGUCGAGAGCGGGUCCAGCUAUUUCGACUGCUUCAAGGGCACCGAUCUGCGACGUACCGAGAUCGUCUGCAUGACUUUCGCAGGACAAGUGCUGUCCGGAUCGGCUUUCGCAUACGGCCCAACUUACUUCUUCGAGCAGGCAGGAAUCUCUGUCAACAAUGCCUACCAGAUCGCUGUAGGAGGAACAGGCAUUGCGUUCAUCGGUACAGUACUCUCCUGGUUCUUGCUCUCUCGAUUUGGCCGUCGAACACUCUACCUGAACGGUAUGAUUGCCUUGGCCUGUCUCCUACUUAUCGUUGGUAUCAUCGCCAGCGCAUCUUCUUCCCCAGGAGCGAAGUGGGGCCAAGCUGCGCUCUGUCUGCUCUGGCUGUUCACGUACUCCAGCACGGUGGGACCUAUCUGCUACACCAUUAUCUCUGAGACCUCUAGUCUGCGCCUUCGAGCCAAAUCUGUCUGCCUGUCCCGGAACGUCUACAACAUGACACAGAUCGUGGCCAACGUGAUCGAGCCGUACCUUAUCAACCCGACGGAGGGCAACCUCAAGGGCAAGACAGCUUACUUCUGGUUUGCCACCGCUUGUCUUACAGUAGUCUGGGCAUACUUCCGGCUCCCAGAAUGUCGCGGUCGCACAUACGAGGAGUUGGAUUUGAUGUUCCACAACAAAGUGUCCGCUCGAAAGUUCGCCAGCUACGAGGUCGAUCCCUACGAGAAUGAGCAUAGCAGGGAGUAA